AGAUGCUGAUUUGUGCUCAUAGUGUAUCAAUCCAGUGAAUUUUCGCGAGUAUCGGAACUAAACCCCAGUACAUAUGAAGCGCAAACUAUGCAGAACAUCGUUUAAUUGCGAAGAUAUGGAGGAGCUCAAUGUGACGGCGUUGUCGAGACGGAAGGAGUCAGCAGCCCCGCUGACGGGGGAGAGAGACAGCACUAUAUUCCGUCACGGCUUCGGGUACCCUCUCGCUCUGGUGUUACGAUUGCGGGUUUUACAGAUAGUAUGCGGCAUAUCAGCCAUGGUGAUGGGCAGCGUGGCCUUCAUAGAGGAGCGACAGAAGUUCAACAUGGGGCUCGGGAUACCCGCUGGAGGCAUCAGCAUAUUGGCUGCAGCGGUAUCAAUUCACACAUCACGAGGCUUUAGCGCGAUGUCAGGCGUAGCGGGAGCGGGCGCGGGCGCGGCGAGCGUGCUGUGGGCAGCCGCCGCAUGUCUGCUCAUCGCGCUCGUCGUGCAAUGCUGCAGAACUAUACUCGACCCUCCUGGGAUCGAUCAUGGUGACGGCCCCAUCGAAGAAGACACGACGCCAUCUUCCCGCGAUCUAGUAGUAAUCGCUUGCGUGCAAAUCGCUCUCGCGGCCGCUACGCUCCUCAGUGCGGCGGUCUGCGCGCGCAUCGAUUGCGGAACUUGACGGGAGCCACAGCGCACGCUCACGAGACGAAGAGUGAGCGAAGCGCCCGUACCCGCUACCGCUACCGCUUCUGCCGACAUUGUGAUCCCACCCGAAGAAGUUAUAGUUGAACGAGAAGGAAGCAGAGUAGCAUGGCUUAUAUAAAUAUUUGUAUCAAAAUACGUCAGUGAAAUGAAUUCGUGUCCAAAAUUAAAAGAGAAAGUGAAUUGUACUAGAGUAUAUUUUUAAUAACAUUUAAAUAUCGGAGUAAAAUUACUUUGUGUCGGUGUAAGAGUAAGCUGUAGUUUAUCAUAAUCGAUAAAAAUAUGUAGAUAAUGAUCAGACUGCUAAUUGCCACAUAUUUGAACAUUACAAAAACAUUUACGGAUAAAAAAUAAACAGCUUGUUUGCCUCCAGCUCCCGCGUUGAAUAAACAAAAUACACAUACUAAAAGUCCAAAUAAUAAAACGAAACUCAAACAGAAUGAUAAAAAUGUUAAAUUAAUCCGGUAACAAUGAGUUUGGAUUAAACGCGUGGCUUCGUAAAUGUUAUGUAUGAACCUGCGGCUUACGUUUCAUUUCCCGUAAUAAUACGCCAUUUUACUCGCUGUAUUCUGCUGAUAAAUUGUUAUUUCAGCCAUGUUAAACAGUAUGUAUGAUGUUUACCUACUAUCUGUAGCAAACUUCCUCUUCGAUCAAUAUCUAUAUGAUAUUCUGAAUCUUGAUCAAGCGUUUUACCUUGUCAAUACCAUGAAAUCCAACAUUUAUAGAUUAAAAUGUUCGUGUUUCAGGCUUUCAUGGUUACUUUAAAUAAUGAAAUACUGUAAGUAAACGUUGUUACCCUAGAUUAUCUAGAUGCGGCUAUCCGUAAAAGAGAAGACCAUACGAUAACUAGCAGGAUUCCCCAGGGCACGAUUAUCGGACCCGAUACGAUGUUCAAGAUUGGAAAAAUGAUAUUUUUUUUCGUGAUAUUGUUAUAGAUAUUUUUUCUUUCCGUUUUUAUUAAAAAAAAAAUAAUGUUCAUACCCAGAGAUGGCAAAUUGCAAAGUUUUUAACAAAGUAUAACAGAAGAGCAAAGCUAAUUAGAGUCAACGUCAAAACUGCUUCAGAUUAUAUCAAAGCCGUUUGUUUGGCACGUAAGAAACUGUACUCCUAAGAAAUAAACCUGGAAAAUACGCAAUAAGCUCAGACUACUCGCAUAGUUAAGUUAUAAGAGCAGCUAAGUUUUGCCUCGAGAAAUUUUAACGAGCCGGUAAAUAAAUAAGUAAAGUACUUAUCUACCCAAUCUGGAGUAUUUUAACUUUCUUGCCAAAACCUUAAGCGUAUUUAAAUACCUAGCUUAAUAAAGUUUAUUGUUCUCCCAUUUUCUUAUUUUUAUGUUGUUUGUUGAUGUAGCUGCCUUGACCUUUAUUUGUGUUUACUUUUGCUGAGUGUGAGAGUGGGAUAAAAAUAUUCUUAAUUAUUAAUUAUUUAAGCUUUACUUCUGUGUAUUUCACGCAUGUUUUCUACUUAGUCAAUAUAAUAUUUCCCAUAUUACAUUAUGUUUGUAGAUUUAAACUUAAAAUUUUCUAUACAAAACAGAGAAAUAAUGGUAGACAUAAUUAGAAGUAUGAUUAUAUGAUAUCUAUGUACAAAUAUUUUCUUAUUGGCCAUGUAAAUAUUGUAAAGUUAAUUAAUGUACUUACAGUCCUAAAUAGAAUUAUGUCUUAAGUUCAAGAUAAUUGUAGAAACAUUUUAAUUUUGAUUAGAGACGUCUGUAAAAACUAUCACUUUUCUAUUAAAUUAAACAUUUGGAAGUAUU